AUGGCAACCCCUCGUCCCUGUCCUGGAUGUGUCCCCAGGGUUGCUCUGGGGCUGACGUGGUCUCUGAAACUUGGGGGACAUCAGGGACCCCAUGGCGGGGUGACCUGGGGGGUACCCCCCUGCCCCGGGACCCCGCAGCUCCGCACCGAGCGGAGCCACCCCCCUCGCAGCCCCGGUAACCGGGACCCUCCCAGCACCGACCGCGGACGGGACCCCCUCCCUCACAGCGCCGGUAACCGGGACCCCGCGGGGGCCUCCCGUCCCCACGGACCUGCCGCCGCUUCCGCACCUCCGCCGCUGCCCGGGCCCGCCCCGGCCCGCCCUGUCCAUCCCCGGCCGUGCGACGGCGGCGCCCGGUGGCCGGAGGCCGCACGGCGGCAGCGGCGGGGACCGGCACCGGCACCGGGACCCGCGUGGGCCGGGGGGAGGUUCCCAAAAGAGCCCGGGGACGAGGGUCCCGAAUUUCCUCCCGUGGAUCAGGGACGGCGGACCCGGGUGUGUCCCGUGGGUCAGAGCCGCGCGUGGGCAGCACCCCCGUGCGCAUUCCCACAGCUCCGUGGGCGGCACCGGCGGGGGUGGCGCCCCCCUAGACACCCCCGCGCCCCCGUGGGCAGCACCGGCGUGGGCAGCACCGGCGUGGGCAGCACCCCGCCCGGCCCGCGGUAUGCGGACGGACCUGCCGGGCAGCGCCCUGCCCGCGGGGGGACCCUCCCGGCCCGGGGGGUGCAGGAUGGGACCCUCGUGGGGGGCUCGGCUGGUCCCAGCCCGUGUCACCCCCACAACCGGCAGCCCCCGGACGCUGUCCCCGUCCUGAGAAGCUUUGGAGAGCCGAGGCCAGGCUGGGGGGGACCCCUGAGCCCCUCGCCCCCCGGCUCUGAGCCAGGCGGGGACAGCUCGCUGAGGCUGAACCCCGAGUCCCGGCGUGGCCGUGGGACCUCCCCAGCCCACCCGUGGGGUGCCCCUGGUGCAGCCCCCCACAGUCUGCGGCUCCCCAAAAGGCCGGAGCCCCCCCAGAUGCUGCUGGAGCCGGGCUCGGCCGCUGAAGUCCCGUUGAUUCCCAACUGGUUUGAACUGGUGUUGGCUGGGGGGCAGCGCCGGGGGGACCCCCGGGUGCCUUGA